GGCAUGGAUUAAAAGGAAUUGCUGCAUUGAGAGCGAACUUAUCGAUAGCAUCAGUUUACUUUUGUCCUAGGUGUGAAUAUUCGAGAUUAACAAGAAGCUUUUAAGCACACCCACACGUACAGACUUCACCAUAAAACCUCUCGAACUCUCUUUUCAAGUUCAUUUCUUCUUGUCAUUCGUGCUGAAGACACACCAAUCCGAUCAAGUCAGAAACAAAAAUGUUUUCCAUUGUAAGCAAAACCCUUUUCGUCGUUGUUUUGGUCUGUGCUUUCCUGAGCUGCUACGAAGCCAGACCUGAAGGUGAUGCCCCUGCCGAUGGCACUACACCAGGCUCUGACACAAGCGCUUCUGGUGCUUCUGGAGCCCCUGACGCUACUGGGUCAACUCCAACUCCUGACUCAUCUGCCGGUACAGCCUCACCUGGUGAUGGAACUUCGGCCGCCCCUGGUGGUAGUUCUCCAGCUCCUAGUGAUGACGCACCAGCAGCUUCAGCUGCCGAAGCAUCUGCUUCAGCCAGAAGGAAAUAGAGAGAUUUCUGAUAUAUGAUCAUGAAACAUUUCUUUCCAAUUGAAAACUAAGAAUAAUGCACCAAAUUAUUUUUGUAGAAAACAAAACUCACUUGCGCUUUGAAAUUUUUCUGUGAAUUUCAAAAAGAAAGUACUAUCCACCAGCUCUCACUUUUAUUUUUAGUUCAUGAUGCUAUUAGUUAGGGCAUAUUGUCUAGAUUUUUUUUCAUGCUGUUAAUUUCUUUUUCUAUUUAUUUCACUUCGCGGAAUAAAUUUGAUUAAAAUUAUUUACUUCAUAA